AUGUGUCAUUUGAAUAAGAUUUUCCUAGCUGCAGCACUACUUACGAUAUCAGUUGCUGCAAGAGAUCAACCGCUGUUCUCCAGUGAAUUCAUAUGGGACUUUUUCAAGGCUACAUUCGAUGAGCGUCGCAACGUGGCCAUAUCGCCCUUCUCGAUCCGGUUGGGCAUGACCAUGCUGGCCCAUGCCGUCACCGAUCGCUACACACUGCGGCAGAUGAUCGAAAAGUUGCACCUUCCGGGCAGCGUUGUCAAAGCCACCGAUCAGUAUCGGCGCAUGCUGCGAGCACUGGGCAAGGAUCAGCACCUCCAGUACGGAACGAAGAUGUAUGCCUUCGGAAAUGACAUUUUCAAUCCUACAUUCGCAGCGAAUGUGGCCACUUUCAAUGCCUCGGUCGAAAGGCAUUCGCGGUUGAAUAUGACGGAUGUUCCACAGUUGGCGAACAGUUGGGCGAGGGCGACCACCUCCGGUAUGGUUGGAACUGUCCUAUCGGAAAAGGAUCUGACCCCGAAUACCAGAAUGAUCCUGUUAAAUGCGGUUGCUUUCGCCUGUAAGUGGGAACAUCAAUUCAAUGUGAAUUCAACCAAACUGGAGAUGUUCAACGCCUACGGUAACGGGAAGCUCUACAUGACGGAUUUUAUGAACCUGCCCCAUACGAUGCUACCGAUGACCCUGCACGACAGGCUGAUGAUGAAAGCGAUUGAACUUCCCUUCCAGAUGGGAAGCGAUUACUCCCUGUUGAUAGUGAUGCCAUUGGAAAGAGAUGGGAAUAUGACUGAGAUGGUAGGCAAGCUAAAUCACAGUUCGUUCAAGGAUCUUUACGAUAGUCUUGUGCCGAUGCGGGUAUCGGUAAAGCUGCCACGUGUCCGCUUGGCUAACGGUGUUAACGUGAAUUCCGUCUUUCGAAAGCUACACUUAACGGCACCGUUUGAGUGGAGCAUCUUCCAGAUUUUCAAGGACGAAAAGCUCACCCUCGAUAAGGUUAAGCACAGUGUAACGGUUCUAAUCGACGAGGAAGGAGUUCGGGCUGCGGCUGUUUCCGCGUUCACCAUGGUUACCAGGAGUGCCUCGCUGACCUUCGAUGCAGAUCGUCCGUUCGUUUUUGCCAUACUGAAGAAAUCGCAGCAGUUCCCGCUGUUUGUAGGGCAUUUUGCAUACCCAUCGAAAGCGUCACUGGUAAAGCCGUAA